AGCAAUUCCGCCUCUUUGACAAAGUGUUGCCAAAUACACUUGUCCCUCAUAUUGGAGACCUUGUCAAGAUCGUAUGUGCCAUUUGCAACCGAUACAAAAAGCCCCUUGCCAGCAUGGAUCCAGAAACGCAGGCCGUUGCCGUGCAGAUGCUCGAGAGAGCAGGAAAGAUCAACAGAGUCCAGGUACUGAUAGAAGAGAAUGGCUUGUUGAACAAGAGGUCGAUUUACAAACCGUUGGACGGAACUUCCUCUACAGACCUGGAUGACUUUCCUCACCUAUCACUAGAUGACCUUAGGAAUAUAGCCAUGGGUGUUAACCAGGUGAAACAGGCUCCAGCAUACACUAAGGAGCACACUGAUGAUGAUGGGGGAUAUGAACUGAUGGCAUGCCGUGACUUUCCCGAUUUGCUGAGAGUAAAGAUACAGUCCAGACACUCCAAAAAUGCGGUCCACACCCUCUGGAUUCAGUACACUACAGACACUGGGAAUAUUCGGGGCUGGUACUGUACGUGUAAAGUAGGCGCCAGAGUUGUUGGGUGUUGUGCACAUGUUGCCAGUGUCCUUUGGUUUCUUGGCUGGAAACGACACUUGCCAGAGGAGCAAUUGGGGAAGCCUGGACUAGCUUCAUCUUGUUUAAAUGCUUCGUCUUCGUCAGGAACAUUCUCUAGUAACGAUCCGUUGGAGGAGUGAAGAUUGCACUGUGAAUGACUAUGAUUGAUAUAUUUUCUGAACAUACAAUGAACUAUAUUUCCUGUUGUAUGUUUCCUCAUUUUGUUUUUAUUAUUUGCCAAUGAACGAUUCGCAAUCUGACACAAUUUAAUGCCUAAAAUGUUUGUUUAUUAACUGUAUGUUGUCUUUCCUGGCUUCAAGGUUUGUUUUAAUUCUUAUGCAAUACUCCAUUGAAAAUA